AUGACAGCACUCACGAGGCAAAAGCAAUGGCGCACGGCCUUGAGAGUCUUUGCAGAGUCGCGAGACGCUGCAGGCACAGAUAAGCAGAUGUACAAGGCGGCAAUGAAGGCAUGGUCCUGCGGACAUAGCUGGCAACAGGUCAUUGGCCUGCUGGCCGAGGAGCAAGCCACCCUGGGUGGAGAUCAGGGUCUCGAUGAUGCCCUGGGGGCACUUUGUGAGGCGUCAUCAUCACUUCUCAAGGUGACAGGUUCCAAAGCAAGGAGUUCAAGUUCAGCACUCGCAGCAUCCCGGCUUCUUGCUGACAUGCGCAAGAGAAAGCUGCCUCCAGCCGCGAGGCUGUACAACCAGGCAAUUGCAGCACAUGCGAGGGUGGGCGAUCUAGAUCAAGCACUUGAGCUGAUUCGGCAGAUGAGAGAAGAGGGCUUGCCGCCAACGCCGCAGAUGUACCGAAGCUGCUUGCGUGCCUUUCAAGCCGCCAGGCACUGGGAGCAGGCACUCAUGCUUUUGCAGGAGGUUUCCCCAGAUGAUGCGGCCAGCUUUGAGGAAGGCAUCUUCGCGUGCUCCGGAAGCGGCAGAUGGCAGUUGGCAACCGAGCUGCUAAACGAGAUGCAGGCUCGAGACCUUCCGGUGAAAGGUGUGACGUAUGCCACUCUUGUCACGGCCUGCGUCCGUGCCAAGCAGUGGCGCUCUGCACUCUAUUUCUUGCACGAAAUGGAGCGCACAGGUGCCGACAAAUCCGAAAAGAACAAGGUCAUUCUGUAUGGCGCCGUAAUCACGACCUUCAACUGGCAGCGAGCCUUAUGGAUGUUGCGCGAGAUGCCGGCCAGAGAGGUGCUUCCAAAUGUGAUCACGUAUGGGGCAGUGGCUUCAGUGUGCAACCGAGCGAGGAAAUACCUCUACUCAAUGGAGCUGCAUGAAGAGAUGCAGCAGAAGGAGCUACAUCCAGACAUUCCCUCUUUCAAGCUUGCGGUAGGCGCUUGCCGCGGAAGGUUGCAAGAGCUGCUUAAAGCGCAGCCACAGAAGGGCGGUCGUCAGAAGCUGCUCUAG